AUGAGCCAAGAAUACGAAACUUAUAACCUCGGAAAUUGGAAGUUGCAGAGUGGUGAGCAGAUCGACAAUGCGCAUAUCGCAUACAAGACCUUCGGCGAUCCCACUUCUCCUGCAAUCGUCUAUCCCACUUGGUUUUCUGGAGCAAUCUCCGACAACUUCUGGCUCAUUGGGGAAGACAAGCUUCUUAAUCCCAAGAAGUUCUUCAUCAUUGUUCCCGCAUUGUUUGGAAACGGGCAAUCCUCUUCCCCUUCCAACCAGCCACAGCCAGGCCCAUUCCCCAGAGUCUCAUUCUUCGACAAUGUGAGAGCGCAGCAUGAGCUUGUCACCAAACACAUGAAAAUAACCCAUCUUCGGGCAGUCGUGGGCUGGUCUAUGGGAGGUGCGCAGACCUAUCAGUGGGCAACGCAGUAUCCUGGCUUCAUGGAUCUUGCCAUACCAUUCUGUACAUCAGCCAAGACAUCGUUGCACAACCAGGUUUUCCUCGAGGGUGUCAAAAGCUCUCUGAUCGCAGUUAAGAAAAGUCGGUCUGCGGGAUCUGGCAAAAUUGGUCUGAACAGAGAAACGACAGAAUCUUACAGCUGGUCCGAAGAAGAAAAAGAUGUUGGCCUGAAGGCUCUGGGUCGUGUUUACGCAGGAUGGGGAUUCAGCCAGGCAUUUUAUCGACACAAAUUGUAUGAGACUGUGUUGGGUUUCAAGGGACUCGAAGAUUUCAUGGUCAACUUCUGGGAGAAGUGGGCGUGCUCGAAAGACCCCGAGAACCUUUUGGUACUGCUGCAGACAUGGCAAAAUGGAGAUGUUUCCCAGCAAGAACCGUACGACGGGGACUUCGAGAAGGCAAUGGCAUCCAUCAAAGCUAAGACGCUUGUUUUGCCGGCGAAGACGGAUCUAUAUUUCCCUCCGGAGGAUUCGGAAUAUGAGGUUGCCUGCAUGAAGCCCGGCGUGGGAACACUGGAUAUAUUCCCUUCUAUUUGGGGCCAUUGGGCCGGAGGUCCUGGUGAUAGCAAGGAAGACGUUGAGUGGCUUGACAACAAGCUCACUGCUUUCUUUGAAGCUAACCCAGGCGAUGAGGUCGCCAAGUUAGCUGAGAAGCUCCGUAAUGGACUUGAAUGA